CCCAAUACUUAACCACCCGAAUACAAUGAAGCGCAUCCAUGUGGAUAACUACGCCCCGAAGUACUACAGUGGCAAGUGGUCAUGGGAUUCGGAGAAGGACUGCCUCCACUUCCAGGCGCACAACGAUCUGGAGAACGCUCGGGAGCGCUUUAUAAUGACCAAUGGGUACAAGUUCCUGCGCACCAUCGACCAGGAGGAAGAGCUCAUCUUUCGGCAGGAGUAUGUGCGACCGAAGAGCAACAACAGUGACACCGUGGUGAUGCGAGACAUUAGAGACUUAGUACUCUACCUUAUGCCUCGAGAGUUUCUGUCGUACAAGUUCGUGGAAUUCAUGCACGAGCCCCCGGUGCACUCCGUCCUCCACGCCCUGGUACUAUACUUCGAGUACUACUUACGCCUGGUGGAGUUCGUGCUUAUUCGUCGGGAUGAACUUUCCGGUCAGAUGGCCCAAGUCCAGAGCGAACAGACCAUUGAGAUGAAACAGACCUUUUCCGUGUACCUCAGCCAGUACCGCAUGUUGGUGGCCAGAAACUACUGUGAGAUCAUCAAGGGCCAGGGACUUAUGGCCAAGUACUACCACAUGAAGGAGAUCUCCAAUAUUUCAGCCACCAUCCGCGACAAGUUCUUUCAUGAGCAGUUUGUGGCCGUGGCCAUCCAAAUAAUAUGGAUAUGCAUGCACCGCAGGGCGUACUUUGUCAUCGAAAUGGAGAUGAAUCGUCUGUUCCGCUCGGAGCACUUCGUUACCGCCCGUCCUGAGUACCUCAAAUUCACGGAAGCGGAGCGCAGUCUUCUCUACGGCCGCAAUAAAAAGAACCUUAACUAUCGCGUUCAGAUCUCUCCGCUUGUCCAGGAGUUGGAGAAGGUUGCUCCCGAGGACAUGCCCAUCCUGUGGAUAGGUAGACGAAAGUACAGAGGCACCGAUUUUCGCAUUGCUCAGCUUGAGCUGGAGUACAUUGUGCCCGGAUCACAGCUCCACUUGAUUGAUGUAUCCCAUGGCAUCCUCGGACAUCCGAAAAAGCUCUAUAAUACUAUUCUAAGUCUAGACUGGCCGGCUGUAAGGUAUUCCAACUUUUCUGAAAAGUUCGAUCCGUACCACAUAAUCAGGCGACCUCACCUGGUAAUUCCCAAGUUAGGGGAACUUAAGAUGCGGAAAAUGAGCGAGAACUAUGAGCACUUCUACAAGUUGAGCAUGGUUUUUGAGCCAUGCACCCAUAAUCAAAUUUGCAAGUGGGUCAAGAGAGACAUCAAUAUUGCGUUCUUUCGCUCAGAAGGUUUGCUCACGAAUGUGGUAUCUCGUUGUGAAAAGGAGUUGACCAGCACUUCUGAAGGUCCGAGGAUCGACAAGAUCAUUGCCCAUUACUUCAAGAUAAUGUCCAGGAUACGAAAGGGAGAUUUCGAUGAUACGCCUCGCAUCAGUGAUGUUAGCACUGACAAAUGGCUGCCAAGAAAAGGAUCUAUAUCUUCGGAGAAAUUGUCUCAUAAGCCGGGUAAAAAGUAGUAAUCGAAGACUACUUCCUCGUGCUUGUGAUGAUAGACUUUGCGCGGACCAAAAAGCUAAAUAGAGGGAAACUCCUCCAUUUUUAAGCGGUAAAAAAGUUACGCGUGCAAUUUAUACAUUUUCACACUGUAGAUACAAGUAUACAAUAGUACAUCAAUUAAAUCAUUUAAAACAUAAAAUAUUUGUAUUUCAUUAAAAACUUGGGUUCCGUAGAAUUUCACGAUUUGCGGGUGUGAU